AAGAGCCCGGUUGGUCUGGUGGGGAAGGGGCUGGGCAUCCACGCAGCUCACCGGUCCGGAAUGCGCCACACGAUCGUCAGCUCGACUCGCACAGCAGGUCAACUCAUGGUUUUUUCCUUCACACGAACCUUUCUAACCACUAGAGCUUCAGCCGAUCCAGGAUUUUGGUUCUUGUUAACUUCACCUUCCUCGCGCGAGAUUCCACGCUUUGCCAAUCGAUCGGCUGCACGCUCGGCCGCCAGAACUUGAUGCGGCCAGCUACAACCUGAUCGUGUAAAAGAGCUCGCCCAAAGACAGGAAACUCUGAAAAUGUCGAGAGAAAGACUCCUUGUCAAACGGGAAAUGCUGCGUUCUUCUCGUACACGUUUAAGGAACAAGAGAGUCGAGGUUGGGGAUUCGGAAGUUAUCUUGAUGAACCUGUUGAGAGAGUACACCCAUGCUGCAAACCAAAGUCAGCGACCUAUCGCCAUUUGGGAAGCGUAUGGAAAAGUUGAAGCAUUGCGUAGUACCUUGGGUGUGUGGGAAGAUGAUCAUCUGCAGGAAGAGAGAGAGGUGACCGGCGAGGAAUGGAAGUUCAUGGACCAAGAGGCCAAGUUCUAUCAAGUCGAACUGGAAGAUUUGUUUAGUCCUGCACGGCCACCCCCACCACCACCAGCAGCCCCCAUGUAUUAUCCGACAGUGGCACGUCCCGCUCCACCACCACCCCCAUCCCCACCUAUGAAACUGGGAACUACUGCUGGUUUUCCUAUUACACCGAUAGUAGCUAAAAUCACAAACCAGCAAGUAGCGUCGAAGUCUGAUCAGACAAGAGCUACAAUCACCGCCGAGCUUAAGGAGCUCGAAUCUGAGUUUGAUAGAUUGAGAUUGCAACAGGCAGAACGAGCCGCAUUUCAUGAUGUGGACUGCGAAGGAACUGAUGUCGCAGGGUCUGAACAGUCGGCUACCUCCUCAUUGGAUCAAUAUAGCUCCGAACUGAUCCAGAAGAUAAUAGUUCGGAGAGCUGAACUGCUACGUUUGAAGAGUAUCUCAGACGAUCCCACAUCGGCACUUGUCAUUAGUUCUGUCGAGACAUCACCGCAUAACAAUUAUGGAUCAGUAGCACACCCUUUGGAUCCUACACACCACUCGAUCGAAAAUGACUCUACAGGAAUUCGCGUACAGCGAUAUAUCCUGCAACAUCUUGAAGAGAACGCUAUACAAAGGACUCUUUAUGCAGAUUUCCUCAGGCAGGCUGGUGUGGACAUCAACACAGAAAGUUGGAGGGAUUUGAUUACGGAAUAUUGGAGCACGGAAAGCGGAAGUGAACGCGCAGUUGAAGGUAUCCAGGAGCGACUUACACCUCGAUGAAUGGGGUCAACCUGGGGACGUCUAAGCAGACAGAUACAAGUUCUCUUGCUGCCUGGUUAAAGCCUGAGUGAUGGCCAUUCCAUGCUCAUCACAAUGUAGAAGCGUCCUA